UUACUUACUAGCCCCGAUCACGACUAGUGCCCGUCGGUUCCUCAGGAACCAAUCACCCCUCCUUCCCGUCGUGGAAUACGAUAGUCGACCCUCGCCUUGAUUGUCUGUGCGGCCUAUAGAAACAAUACUACUACAGUUUGGAGGGUGUGUGGUGAGAAGGCGGCUGCUUCCAUGUGAGUGGAUGGAUUCUUCUCUUUUUUGUUUCUUUUUGCCUCCCCAGCGUACACUAUCACCUCAGAUCGUCACCCUCUUACAUUUACACUUUUGGCAUCUUUUUUUCUUUUUCUUUUCUCUUGUUGCAGCGGAGUGGAGUGGAACCCGGAUGAGCGGUAACCAUACCGUACCGUACCGUGGAAGCUCCGCUUUGCCCCUCUCUCUCCAGGCUUUGGAUCCCGCGUCUCCCGCCAUGACGCCAUGGGUUCGGCUGCUGUUUGUGACGGUUUUGAGUUUCCCCGCAAGCUGACGAUCAAAUUAGAAUUUCUUAGUUCUGGAGGAG